ACUGUUGGAAAUGAUUCUGAUUUGAUCGACUCCUCCGACAUGAACAAUGCUGUAAUACCCUCUUUGACUCAGUAUCCCGUUACCGACGAGCCUGAUUUAAAUUCCACGAGUGUGAAUCGUAAUAAAAAAUUUCCAUUUCAAGAUUUAGAUUCUGUUUGUACUGGUGAAUUGGCCCACAAAGAUGCUAGUGAUUUGGACCUUUGUGACCCUCAAUCCGACGAGAAUCGCGUGGGGCACGCUCAAGUCAAUCUAACAAAAAUCGAAGAAGCAGCCGGGGUUGAAGGAGAUCUUCUUAUUUCCAAUCCGGUCGAUCGCCUCCAUGCUGUCAUCCCUGACUUACGGAAGUUAACUUCCUCAACUGCUUCCACUGCUCUUGAAGAAAACGAUGAAGUUGAAAACAAAAACAAGUGCGUUCCUGGCCGUACACUCGAGUCCGUUGCUGAUGCUCCGGAAAUAUCUAGUGCAUUUUGCGGAGAGUCACGAGAUGAUGAAUCUAUACCUGAAGAAGUGUCAAAAGACUCUAAAAGAUGGGCAAAAUUUACCCAAAUAGAUAAAAAAGCCAGUAAUAAAACACUUCCAUAUAAAUUAAGUGUUGAUAGUAAAACUUCACCAUUACGAGGUGUUGAAAAUUCAAGGCCUCGUACACGCUUACGCAUGCUGAGAUUGGGCACUGUUGGUGGAGCUGCCAAGCUCAAAUCCCCCAUCAAGAGUCCUAGAAGUCGCAUGAUACGGAACUUUCUGGACAGCGGAAAAAGGUUGACAUCUUCUAGUGGUAUGCGUCGGUUGGUAACAACUAGAGGCGGUCUCCUGGUAGAAAAAAGCUCACAGCUGUUCAACAGCUCCGCUAAUUCAAAGUUUUCUCCACGGAAGUCUUCAUCCGACACGUAUGAAGAUUUUUCGAAACGACGAGAAGAACGAUUAAGAGACGUCCGUAUCUGCAGGAGCGGGAAUCCGACUCCAAGAGAGUCGGUUCAGUCCAUCAAAGUCAGUCCAUCAAAGAGGAGCACUCAAGAAUGUGCUUCUUCGACCGAACGUAUCGUAAUCAAAAUGAAACUUCUGAGCCCAAAUCUCAAGGACCAGAACUCCAACGCUUCUGAGACACCCUCCUGCAUUACUACUGCGCCUACCAAAGGAAGUACAAGUUCUGAGUGGACAAUCGACCGUGAUGUAAGAACAAAUGCGUUGGUUUCUUUGCCAAAAUUUUCACCUUCGUCGGGCAAAUGGAAGAGCGAAACUGUCAAAGAAGGUGAGUUGAAAAUGAAGUUAAAGCAAGAAAAACCAGACUCGGAUGUUUAUAAUUUCGACGAGCGCGAAGGAGAAAAGUUUCCACUCGAUAAUACUUCUUAUACUUCGUGUGGACGCUCAAUUGACCCGGAGGGUAAAGAAAACUCUGUCGGAUUUCGUAACAAAGUUUGCUACAGCAAUGUAACUGACUCGGAGAGUGAGCACGCCAGCCGACGAAGUAGCGCUGACAGCUGCAGCGGUAAUAGCGCCGUAGACAGUCGCCGCAGCAGCCAGUGCAGCGACACAAGCGAUGCUUCGGAAGCUACGGACGUUUCGUCUUGUGCUUCUUCCCAGACUUCGCUGGUGUCCUCUGGCUCUGAGAAAGGCGUGCAAAUCGUCUUCAAGAAGCUUCAGGAUAGCGAAGGCUACAGUUGUUUUCGCACUAAGAAAAAGCGCUUAGAUUUCGGUGUACAGAAAAUACCUGAAGUGGUAGAAGAGGAACAAUUGGAGCCGCGCACUAAAAGUAGUGAAGAAACUAAGAUGGUAGAAACUCCUCUUGAUAAGCUAGAAAGUCCGGACAACGAGCCGCCCGUUUCUAAAUCACCUUUGUCGGUCAUACUUCCCUCCAGUCUCCUUGACGGUGAGAAAAAAUCUGGUCAGUUGGAAGACAUUUCACCGGAGUCUGUUGAUUUACUUACAACGUCAGUCCCUGGAGUUGGUACGAAAAUGGAUGUAAAACACCCGCAUGACAUCGUCGAGGAGUUGCUAAAUUCAUCUAGCCCUUCUAAUUCACCCUACCAAGAAGCCUCUAAUUGCCAAGUUCAUGUAGAAACCAGCAAAGUAAAAGAAUCUGUGCGAGCUUCGAUGGAAUGUUCGGAUGGUAGAAUAACAAAAGAGUUCGAGUCUUCAAAUUUAUUAUCUGUCAAAUGUGAACAAGAGAAAGAGAAAAAACCAGGCACUGAUGGUUCUUGUCGGCCUAAGAGAAGAGCAGCCUUAGUGUCUCAAGAAAAAAGUAUGUUGGCGCUGUCGAAGCUGGAGACUAAAUCUUCAAGCAAAAUUUUUGAAACCCGAGCGGUCGAUGCAGCGGAAGUUAUUGUCGAGGCCUGUCAAGAAGUUGAACCUGUAGUUGAACGAUGCAGGAGGCGACCACGAUCUCGAAAUCUCGAUCUUCUUCACUUGCGUACGAACGUCACUGCCUCCUAUAAAAGAGAAGCCUCCGUUUCCCCGGACAAAAUAGACAGUAAAAGGAAGAAAUUGAGAGAAUCACUUACUCUGUCUUUAAAAUGUCCCAGCGACAAAACCGGAAACGAUGGAACGAAUACGAUUUCUCCUACUGCGAAAAUUUCAGCUUCUCUAACUAUAGAUGGAGAUGAAGCGAAUGAGGCUGGCAGUAAAACGUCCAGUCUGAUAGUUGAAGAACAAUCUACGAAACUUGUCAACGUGAUAGAACACGAAAAAUGUGGUAGCAACCAAGAUCCCAAAGUUACCGCGUCACACGAGGAUUCUACACUCCACGUUAAUCCUUCAACUUCCUUGACGGUUUUAUCUCUUCCAACAAGUUGUGAUGUUAGUUCGUCCCCUAACUUGGUGGCUCCCGACUUAACUGACGAAAAAGAACUAGUUUCUACGUGUCCUGGGAAUACUGGAGAAAGCUUAUACAAUGAGACUGUCAUUGAAUGUUGCGUAUCUCUGAGCAACGUUUUCUACGACUGCAAAUUGAAUAUAUUAUCGUGCCCUGGUUGUUCUAAAUCUAUCACGCCCAAAGGCAUUGUGGUAGACACGGCUGCUCACAUGAUGCACAUCCUUUGCUUCAGUUGUGACUGGUUGGUCGUCCGAAAAUUAUCGUCCAUCGAAGUAUGAGUGAAUUGUCUAAAGGCGGGGAUGUAUGAACCGACAACCCGUAAACUGUCGUCAGUCGAAGUAUGAGAGUAUAAUUUAGGAAGGUACUGAAAUGUAUUGAAGUUUAGCUGUGCUAGUACAAGAAAGAAAAGUUUAAUCUAGUUUAAAAGGUUAUUUCGCUCGUAAUUUCCGAAUUAAUUGUAUUGGUGACCUUGUCACCGAAAUCAUUCCGUGGCGAGUUGAUUUUAACCGCAUUUGUCGAAUCCUAUGCAGAAGUUAAUACGAAUAUAACUGAUAUGCGUGCCAAAACAAGCACUGCUUGUUGAGCAUUGUGCCAUCUAACAAUAUCAUAGAAAGAUUUCGAUUCAUAGAAUAGUACCGACGCUUCUUUCAGUAGACCAGCUGGUGUUCACCUCGAAAUAAGGUAGCGUUCUUAGUAGCCAAACGAUGUCGUUCACGUGGAGAAGUGCGUUUUGAAAAGAUUGAUUUCGCUCGUAAGUUAUUCAUCAUUGAAUGUCAUGAUAGCACCUAGUUAGGUUAUGCUUCAUUAUUCACUGUAACUUUUAAAGUCACUAUAAUCUUAUCCCAAAUCAAAGUCUUUAAUCUUAUUCGCUCAAAUCUACAUAGGUAUAUUUAUACAUUUAAUAAAACUACCAAGUUUCACUGGUCAUGAAUUGGCAUCAAUUUUGAUAAUACAUCUGGACGGACCUUAUUAUCAUUCGGUAUUCAUUUCAUUUUGUGCUAAUGAUGUUUGAAUCAAAGCUAGAUAUUCAUGAAAGGACGCAAAAUUUACAUUUUUGGAGCUUUAAUUUUUAUCUCAUAAAGUUCUUUGUAUUUUUCUCUAUCUAUUGAUGUAGGUAUGUAUAUGUGGCGACAACAAUACGUUUUUCGCAAGUGUCUUACUGGAGAAUCUUUUGUCCAUAUCAAUGCUCAAGAUGGCAUUUUAAGAAUUAUUAUGCGAGGUGCCUACUGUAGGUACUUCGCGUGCCAUGCUGCAUGCCUUUUGUGUUGUCUGUCUCCAAUACUGAAAAAUCAUUGUAGGUCUAAAUGUGAAUGUAGG